GGCGAGCUCACGAGCUGGGAUGGGAUCGCCGGGGAAUCCUAGGCUUCCAGAAGAUUGAGGAUCCAACCAAGCAGACCAGCUGCCUUUCAACGGAUGUGCGAAUGACGAGGCUGUGUGGCAGCGAGCCGCAAACUGCCGGGCGGACAAGAAAAAGAUGGAUGCGAUCGAGAUGCACAGAGUGGGUGGUGAUGUUCAGACCAGCCAGCGGUUUGCGCCUGUGGUCAAUGGUGGUCCUCGGUUGUGCGUGCCUGCCGUGUCGUGGCUCUUGCUGUGCUGCAGACUUGAUAUUGCCUACUCCUGGCUGCUGUCCAAUUCUUCUGCCAGUCGCCUGCCUUUAUAUCAGUCACGAUGCCUUUCAUUUCUUGCCGCCGCGCUUUGUUUUGGUCGCCCAAAAUACUGCCCUGGGUAGCCCUUUUCCUGCCCCUCAAUUUCUCGUCUGCUUCAGCCAGCGCGCGGCUCACGAUACCAGCCUUCCCCGUCGCGGCCGGUUCUGCUGUUUCUUUCUCUACCGGCCAGUCGAUCGAGACAGCAUGGCCACAAUAACCAGGCCAGCACGGGCGCCUGCGCCGGCGGCAGAGGCAGCGCGCGCAAGCUGAUGCACGACAUCUGCCCGCGCUGAACCCUCUGGUUGGCUGCCAACGAUUGCCCAUUUUUCGGCGGCUCCUGCAGCCCACCUGAUGCCCUUGG